UCUCCCUCCCCGACCCCAACGAAAAGCAGACUAGGCCGCGGCGGCGGCGGCGCCGAUUGCGGCCAUGGAGCUGUCGAUGAGCGGCGGCUCGCUGCGGACGUUCGGCCGGUGCGUGACCUUCCUCGCGCGCGUCGCCUCCGAGCUCGUGCUCCAGGCGCACCCCGCCAAGCUGGAGAUGCACACGCUCAACAGCUCGCGGUCGGCGUACGCUUCGGUCUCCCUAGCGCGCGACUUCUUCGACCAGUACACCCUCGCCGCCGCGGCGUCGGCACCGUCUUCCACGCCGCUGCAGUGCAGCGUCCUCCUCAAGUCCCUGCUCGCCGUCCUCCGCACCCCGCACGCCGCGCUCGACCGGCUCGCCGUCUCCCUCCCAGAACCCGACGCACCCAAGCUCCAGGUCACCCUCCACUGCCUCAACGGUGUGAGGAAGACGUACUGGAUCGUGUGCAGCGCGGAGCCUGAGGUGCAGUCGCUGUCGCUAGACCGGGGACGUUUCCCGAGCCGCCUCGCCAUCCGGCCACGGGAGCUCGCGCGCCUGCUGUCCAACUUCCAGUCCUCGCUGCAGGAGCUCACUAUCAUCGCCACAGAUCCUGCUUCAGGGCUACCUGAUGCCGGCGGGGACGUCGGGGGCAAGGCUGUUGAGCUCCGGAGCUACAAUGAUCCGACAAAAGAUGACUGUGACACUAGACUGCACACACAACUGUGGAUCGACCCUGCCGAGGAGUUCGUGGAGUUUGUUCAUGCUGGUGAUCCGGUGGAUGUCACCUUUGGGGUAAAAGAACUGAAGGCUUUUUUAACAUUUUGUGAAGGAUGUGAGGUUGACAUCCUCCUAUUCUUUGAGAAGACUGGCGAACCUGUUCUUUUGGUCCCGAGAUUCGGAUUGGAUGAUGGAGCAACUUCUGAUUUUGAAGCUACUCUAGUUCUGGCAACUAUGACUGUAUCACAACUAUCUGACAGCAAUGAUGCCCAACAACCAGCUACAUCAGCACAACAUACGGGAGAACCAAGGGCUGCUGCCACACCAGUUCCUGAAAAUGUCUCCAACCAUACUAAAAUCUGGUCAGAACUUUCAGGUAGUACUCCCAAAAGCUUUGAAGCUAACAGAGAAAAGCGUGCCCAGACGCACAGAAAUGCAAGCACCAAUGUGCUGAAUGCCACGUCAAUGCUGCCCAACGUUGCAAAUGCUCCAAGCAGGCCACCAGUUGCAGAUAAUGCAAACAAUGCAAUGCAGCCUUCACAAAUGGAUCACAUGGAAGAACAUCCUGAAGUUAUCAGUGCUAUUCCUCGAUCGCAGCAUCACCCGAGCAACUGGGUAGGUGCUGAUGACAACGAUGAUGACAAUGAAGAUGACGAGGAGCUUUUAGUCCAAACAACACCGCACUAUAUGGACUGAGGAUAAAUUCUGAUUCUGAAAUAUGUAGGCGUAUUUCAGCCUAGUGUACAGUGGAUCAACGAAUUAGGAACUAGCUGAAGGCUUUUCGUUUACUUUUAGUAGUUCUAGUAGGGCAGGAGUUGGUGACUUUAACUGAAUUUCCCCAGACACACAGUAAUGACUCUCUUAACUCUGUAUCCAUUGUGACUUGCAUUUCUUUUUGUAAUGUAGAGAAACGUUAAGGUUGAUUUGUUCCAAUUCGCAUAAAUAUUAUUCCUUCUCCAUAAGAAAAGAAAACAGCGCAUUUGCAUCUGA